AUGGCGCAGACUGUUCUCGUCACCGGGGCCGCUAGCUCCAUAGGGCGAGCCGUCGUCGAGCGGCUGGCUACCCACGGCCACCGAAUUGCCGCCGCCGACACCGCAAAGCAGCUGAGCGAGCUGAAGGAGCAUUUGAAAAAGAUAAAAGGCGAUAUCGCCCCCGUCGAAGUUGACGUCACAAAAGCAGAGCAUCGCAAAGAAUUAUUUCAAAAAGUAGAGUCAGCUCUUGGCCCCAUCGAUAGUUUGAUCAUCUGCCCGGGGCAGAACCCCUCCCGCGGCAACACAAUCGAUGAAACAUGCGCCGGGAUGCUGGACAAGGUGAUGACUCAAUAUGUCACGACGCCUUUCCGGUUGGCACAACAGGGCAUGGACUCGCUCCAAAAAUCUAAAAACGGCAGCAUCGUGUUUUUUGGGUCUAUCGGCGGCUUCCAGCCAAUGAUCGACCUCGGAAUGUAUAGUGUAGCUUCCUCAGCCGUGUUGGCGUUGACAAAGGCUGUUGCCAUGAGCGCCGCGACAAGAAAAGUGCGCGCAAAUGCUGUGAUUAGCGGGAUGAUUGAUGGUGAUGGCUCUUCAGCGGUUUGGGACUCUGGGUUCGAGAUUUUUGAGAACGAAUCAAUUGCGAAGACUCGCGAGGCCAUCCCGCAGAUGAUCCCACUCGGACGCCUCGGACAACCCGCAGACAUUGCCGGCGCCGUCUCAUUCCUCAUAUCCCCUAACGCCAGAUAUAUUACGGGAGAAAAUCUAGUGCUCAGCGGCGGUGUACAAGUUCGCAACGAGGAAUACGCCGCGCGAAGGGAGCGGCUGGUUGCCGGGAUUCGGAAGCGCCAUCCCCCAUCGCAACAUCGUAAUUUGUUGAUAUUAUUGCAAGGGUCAAAGCUUCACUACAUCGCCCCAGACGUCGUCACCCACUACCGGCAAUGCUCGAAUUUCCGCUACUUGACCGGCAUCACAGAACCUGGCGCGAUUUAUGCGAUGCACGUGGCCGAGAAGGGAGACGUGCGCUGCUACCUCUUCCUCGACAAGAAGACGUCACACGAGGAGCUUUGGGAGGGACCCUCCCCAGAUCACACCGAACUUGUCUCGACAUCCGGUGCCGUUGACGUGCUUCCCGUGCGGCAAUUCCUCGGCUUCCUCGAUAAGACGGCGAAGGGAGCCUUCCUUUGCUACGAUUUUGACGGGAAUUGGAACGCCGAAACCAAGCAGCAGCUCGCCGGCGGAUCCUCGAUGGCAUCGAUCAAAAACGAGCUUCAUCUUUUGAGAGUGCAAAAGUCGCCCAAGGAGGUUGAGAUGAUGAGACACGUGUGCGAAGUCGGAUCCGUCGCGCUCACAGCAACAAUCUCAAAAUCAAAACAUGUUUAUCACGAAAACGAGAUACGGGGAAGGAUGGAGCUGGAAUCGAGAAGGAGAGGGGCCGAGGCAUUGGCGUAUCUUCCCGUGAUUGCCGGCGGCCCUCGUGCGAAUACCAUCCAUUACCUGAAUGCCAACUCGUCACUCCGACCCACCGAUACGGUUUUAAUGGACGCGGGAUGCGAUAUUAACGGCUAUGUGUCAGAUAUUACGAGGUGCUUUCCGGUCAGCGGCCGCUGGUCGGACCCGCAGCGGGUGGUCUACGAUGCCCUCAAUUUGGUGCAAACAAAUCUGCUUCAUUACGCCAACAACAAUGAGUGCAGCCUGAGCACGCUGUUCCACCGGAUGAACGAAUACCUGGCGGCGGCGAUGCGCGAGGCGGGCAUGCUAUCGAAUAAGCUGAGCGACCAGGAAUUGCUGAGGGAGGCUAACGCUCUAUGCCCACACCACGUCUCCCACUACCUCGGUAUGGACGUCCACGACUGUGACACCGUUGCCAAGAAUAUGAAUCUGCAGCCCGGAAUGGCCUUUACGAUAGAGCCGGGCGUCUACAUCCCGGAUGACCGUAAAAAUGUGCCGAAGGAAUUCCGUGGUAUCGGAUACCGAAUCGAGGACGAUGUGGUGCGAACGGAGAGCGGGAUCGAG